UGCCGCUCUCCCACAGUUACUUAAGGGGUAGCUGGAACAGCAGCAUCAGACCACAUCAAGGCUGCCGGGUCCCUUCCACGCGUUCAGAUUCUGCUUCUCCAGGUUGGAACAGCCUUCCCGGCCACCCUACAACCACUCGAAGAGCGAUGGCAGAACUCUUUGGAUAUGUGAUUGGAGGAGUUGUGGCCGUGGCGGCUGCACCCGUGGUGCUGAGCGCCGUGGGCUUCACCGGGGCAGGAAUCGCCGCGUCCUCCGUGGCAGCCAAGAUGAUGUCAGUCGCGGCUAUCGCCAACGGGGGCGGAGUGGCGGCCGGCAGCCUGGUGGCCACUCUGCAGUCCGCAGGCGCUGCGGGGAUCUCGGCCUCAUCCAAUGCCUUGCUGGGCACUGCUGGCUCAGUUGUGGGGGGCUGGCUGUUCGGUUCUGAUGAUUGACCACUUCCUCCAGGCUGUGGAGCCCACGUGCACCACCCUGGCUUCCUGGCGUCUCACCACAGCUGUCUUACACAGCCAGAGUUGCUCCGAGAAGCAUGAGAAAUAAAGACCAGAAGCUGCCGCC